AUGCGGGGAUAUGGAGUUCUCCUCUGCUUAUGUCUACUACCACUAGCUGUUAGAACUACAAAUCCCAAGUUCUUCCCUUGCGACAACAACCCAGACUCCAGUGUGGUGAACUGCUCUCGGAGGGCGCUCACCCGCAUCCCUUUGAUCAGGUCAGCCUCCGUCCUUUCACUUGACCUGAGCUAUACCGGGAUCCAGCAGGUAGGGAAGGAUGCAUUCUCUGGGGUUCCAAACCUCCAGAAACUGAGCAUGACAAGGAACUGUCUCCCUGGUCAUAUGAGGGCCCUGGGGUCUCCCUCGUGCCAUGUUGAGAUCCACAAGGAUGCCUUCAUGUGUCUUAAGAACCUCAGCAUCCUCCAACUGGCAGGAAACAGCCUCACCUCUCCCCUCCCCAGACUACCUGACAGCCUGGAGGUCCUUAAUCUGGAGUCUAACCACAUUUACAACAUAACCCAGCCCCUCGGCACACCAAACCUCAAGCAGCUGCUGCUCACCAUGAACUGCUACUAUGGUAACCCCUGCAACCAGUCCUUCCACAUUGACGAGGCAGUCUUCAGGGAGCUUACCCAGCUGCAAAACCUUACCCUGGGUUUUAACAACGUAACAUCCAUCCCUCCGGGAAUGCCUCCCUCUCUGAAGACACUGGAACUGAAUGAGAAUAAAAUUUCUGUGUUGGAUGAGUGGGCAUUUGCCAAUCUGACCCAGCUGUGUAAGCUCAACCUGGGCUGGAACUGCCAGCGCUGUGACCAUGCUGCUCAGCCCUGCUUCCCCUGCCUCAACAACACCCCCCUUGACAUCAACCCCCGUGCGUUUUACGCCCAGAACAACUCUCUCAAAUUCCUCAGCCUGAGGGGAAACUCCCUCUGCAACAUCCCAGAGGGCCUCUUCAGUCCCCUGGUACACCUAGAGAGACUGGACCUUUCGGACAACCUACUGGCCUUAGCCAUACGCAACGGCACCUUCUUCAUAGAGCUGAAGAGGCUCACUUGGAUCAGCCUCAUCUACAACUAUGAGCCGAUGAAGACCUUCCAGAAGCUAGUGCUGUCUCCCAACGUGACCCACAUGUCUGGCCUGAAAACACUUCUCCUCAGUGGGAACUUCUUCCAAAUGGUCUCUGAGGAAAGCGUGGCAGUUCUGGCCAAGUUCCGUUGGCUGGAGGUUCUGGAGCUGCGGAUGAACUUCAUCAGGUCCUGUAAUCUGAGUGCCCUGGCCCAGCUGCCAGCCCUGGUGAGGGUGGACCUUUCCCAGAACAUGCUGGAAUUUCUCCCAUCCUGCUCUACUCAGUCCUCCGAGUGUAAGUCCUUUAAGAGCUUUCAGAACCAGAACCGGUAUGCCACAGUGGAACUUCACAACCCACCCAUGUUGCUCAGUGACCGGAAGGCUGUCCCAGAUGAGCCUUGGCAUCGUCCAGGUCCAGUAGUCACUGCAGCCGAGCCAGGGCCAAACACGUUGGCGAUACCGGAGGAUGAGUGCCGUCAAAACCCAACUAUAUGUUCCUUCAAAAAUCAUCUCUGCAAUGGUACCAUGUCUUUUGACCUUUCCCAAAACAACAUCCUCACCCUCAAUGGCAGUUUGUUCCUAGGUAUGGAGAAGGCAGUCUGUUUGGACCUCUCUUACAAUUACAUGAGCCAGAGCUUAAACGGCAAACAGUUUCUCCACCUGGACAACCUGGCGUACCUCAGCAUGGCCCACAACAGGAUAGAUCUGUACUAUGGAGAUGCCUUCAAGGAGCUCAAUGCCACUCUGAAGGCUUUGGACCUCAGCAACAAUGAGUUUCACUUCCUAAUGAGAGGCAUGGGCCAUCGCUUUGAGUUCAUCAAGAACCUCCCAAAUCUGGAGGCGCUAAGUCUGUCUGACAACAGCAUUGGGAUGCGGAUAGAUCAUACAUUGUACAGCGACUCUAUCAGGUACCUGUAUUUCUCUGGGAACCACCUGGACAUCAUGUGGGACACUAGAAGCAACGACUACAUCACCUUCUUCCAGAACCUGACCAACCUUAUCUACCUAGAUAUCUCCAGGAACCAGCUGAGGUCUCUGUCACCAGCAGCCUUCUGUAACCUGCCUGUCAGCCUCCAGGUGCUCCGGGUCAGCGAAAACAACCUGAACUAUUUCCCCUGGGAGAACAUCACAGCGCUCGGCCGACUAUGCCACCUCAACCUCAGUGUUAACUAUCUGUCUGACCUUCCCGACAAAGUAAUCCAUUUUCAGGCAAACUUUACCCUUCUCGACCUUAGUCACAACCAAAUCAGCUUUCUCCCCGAAGACUUUUUCAGCGAAGCGUUGGCAUUGCGUUUUCUCUACCUCAACCACAACAAACUCAAGCUGUUGGAUCGGCAGUCCCUCCCUGCCCCACUGAGGAACGGCAGUGCCCUCCAGAUGCUCACUCUGCAUGCCAACCCCUUUGACUGCUCCUGCGACACUUCCUGGUUUGCGGACUUCCUGCGUGCCAGCCAGGUGGAGAUCCUCCUUCUUACCACUGGCUUGCACUGCGGUUACCCCGAGUCGCAGCAGGGGGCUAAUGUGUUGUCCAUGGAUCCCCGCUCCUGCCAGGAAAUCUAUGGCAGCCUGGCCUUCCUCUCUAUGACCUUCCUGACUUUGGUGUUCACUUCCCUGCCCCUACUGAGGCACCUCUAUGGCUGGGAUGUCUGGUACUGCUUCCAGGUACUUCUACAAAUCAAUGUUGUGUUGUAUUCCCUCCCUGGUAGUUAAUUGAUCAAGUAAUAUCAUUGAUUUACCAGAUAGUUCACUAAUAUGUUUUCCCAGUGCACGAUCAGUCCCUGAUUAGAAGACCAUAAUUGAAUAGCCCAGCUGUAAAUCAAUGUUGUGUUUAUGUGUCCAUAUGUUGAACAUCUCUAUGCCACAUGACACAAUUUAUUUUGUAACAAACAGGUGCUGUGGGCAGGACACAAGGGGUACACCCAGCUGCCUGGGGGAAACUUCCAGAGUCAGCAUGAUGCCUUUGUGGUCUUCGACACGGGGAACCAGGCAGUGAGAGACUGGGUCUACAAUGAGCUCCUGGUCCACAUGGAGAACGUGGGGCGGAGGAGGUUCCGUCUCUGCCUGGAGGAGAGAGAUUGGGUUCCAGGUCUGUCUUGCAUCGAGAACCUUCACAGUGCUGUCUACAGCAGCAUGAAGACCGUGUUUGUCCUGACGAGCGGGGCGAACGGCGGGGGAGCAAGGGUUAGCAGAGUUAAUGGGGUGACUCGCCAGGCCUUCUACAUGGUCCAGCAGAGGCUGUUGGAUGAAAAGGUCAGACUUGCAAUGCGUUUGUGUCAUUGACAACUAGACUAAAUUCAAGUAAUAUCUUCACAAUAAAGCAAAAACAACAACAGGCAACCUCCCUACCACUGACUCACUCUGUACUGUCUUAUCCGUUAUCUCAUCUACAGGUGGACGUGGCGGUGUUGGUUCUGCUGGACGAAGUGUUUCCCAAGCUGAAGUACUUGCAGCUGAGGAAGAGGCUCUGCAAGAAGUCUGUUCUGUCCUGGCCCAGGAACCCUCAGGCCCAGCCACUGUUCUGGAACCACAUGAAGACAGCAUUGGCCUCCGACAACAUCCACUCCUACGACAGCAAAGUCAGCGAGAGCUUCAUAUAG